AUGCUCGAUUCCACCAUGUCUGAACCUCUACCUAUCGCCAUUGACCCGGUGGCCCUGGUGACUACUGAAUGUAUCACCGUCACCUCGUCCAUGCGAAAGCAUGCCCGCUGGGCGCACUCCUCCGUCUCCGCCAUCCUGGGCGGCAAUGGGGGGACCCGGGUCUAUGAACGGGAUACCUCGGCGCCGCCUAGUCCACGCAAGAGCGGCCAGUUGUCAAGAAUCGGCGAGGAGGACCAUGCCUUGGCCAAUCGAUGGGGCCUGCGAGGGAAGAAAGGCAAGAGCAUGCAGGACAACCCGUUGAUAUCAGCCUUCACCCGCUUGCGGAGUGAUCUCAAGGGCUGCAAAGAUAUCCGAACUUUCGAUACUCCAGCCCUCCUCCAUCCCUUCCUGCAGGUCAUCCGCUCCUCAUCAACCUCUGCCGCGAUCACCUCCCUCGCAUUGGUCGCCAUCACCAAGUUCUUCUCCUACAACAUCAUUAAUCGAGACUCGCCCCGCUUGCCAAUGGCCAUGCAGCUUCUCUCGGCCGCAAUUACACAUUGUCGAUUUGAAGCAAGCGAUUCUUCGGCGGACGAGAUUGUGUUACUCCGGAUCUUGAAGUUGAUGGAGGGCAUGUUGUCCAGGCCAGAAGGAGAGCUUCUGGGAGAUGAGAGUGUCUGUGAGAUGAUGGAGACGGGGCUGAGCAUGUGCUGUCAAGGUCGCUUGUCGGAAGUGCUACGGAGGUCCGCUGAGAUGGCUAUGGUCAACAUGUGCCAGGUUAUAUUUACGCGGCUGUCACAUCUUGAUCAAGAAGUACCCCCAGGGCCCGACCCGUUCGCAGAUGAACGUGUCAAGAAGGACGUGUCAAAUGUGAAGAUGGACCCGUCUGUGGACGGUGAUACGGUGACGUCUCAGCAUCAGUCGGCAAUGAGCUCGGACACGGCAGCCCCAGAGCGAGACAGCACCAGUCGAGAAGGUUCACCCGAACAAGCAGGCAAUGGGGCUACGGCUGCGGCCACUGCCCCGCCCACUCUGCAAGACGAUAGUGACAGCGAGAUCCGGCCCUACUCUUUACCGUCAAUUCGGGAGUUGUUCCGCGUCUUGAUUGAUCUCCUUGACCCCCACAACCGUCAACAUACCGACACCAUGAGAGUGAUGGCCUUGCGCAUCAUUGAUGUUGCCUUGGAAGUGGCCGGCCCGUCCAUUGCUCGGCAUCCCAGCUUGGCUGCUUUGGCUAAGGAUGAUCUCUGCCGCUACCUUUUCCAAUUGGUCCGUUCGGAGCAGUUGGCUAUUCUUACUGGUUCUUUGAGAGUUGCAGGCACAUUAUUGUCAACAUGUCGAUCUGUAUUGAAGCUCCAGCAAGAGCUUUACCUUUCUUAUUUGGUGGCUUGUCUUCAUCCCCGUGUGGAAAUUCCGCGGGAACCAGGCAUCGACCCAUCUCUUUACGAGGGAGUGCCACAGGCACCGAAGCUAGUCAAGCAGCCUUCCUCUCAGACCAACAGUGGCCGGUCCACUCCAGUUCCCGUGAAGGAUCGCCAGAAGCUCGGUCUUGAAGGUGGCUCUCGAAAACCAGAAGCUCGGGAGGCCAUGGUUGAAAGUAUAGGAGUCCUGUCACGGAUUCCUAGCUUCAUGGUCGAACUCUUUGUCAAUUAUGAUAGUGAAGUGGAUCGGGCUGACCUGUGUGAAGAUAUGAUCGGGUUGCUUUCUCGUAAUGCCUUCCCAGAUUCCGCAACAUGGAGUACGACAAAUGUGCCCCCGUUGUGUCUUGAUGCUCUGCUCGGUUAUGUGCAGUUCCUUCAUGACCGGUUGGAUGAGGAGCCGAUACAAGGAAAUUACCCUCCACUAGAGCGUCUUCGAAGUCAGCGGAAAACAAAGAAACUCAUCAUCAAGGGCGCCCAAAUGUUCAAUGAGGAACCCAAAGCCGGAAUUGCUUACCUUGCAAACCAUGGGAUCAUUGAAGACGCCAAAAACCCUGUGCAGGUUGCGCGUUUCCUCAAGGGGACGGGACGCUUGUCAAAGAAGGUGCUUGGUGACUUCAUUUCCAAACGAGACAACGAAGAAUUGCUGGGAGCAUUCGUAGAUCUCUUGGAUUUCUCGGGGAGGAAUGUCGUUGAGGCACUUCGAGAGUUGCUCAGUUCGUUCCGCUUGCCCGGCGAGUCACCUUUGAUUGAGCGUAUUGUGACCACUUUCUCGGAGCAUUAUACGGAGAAAGCGAAGCCGGAUGGCAUCGCCGACAAAGAUGCACUCUAUGUCUUGACUUACGCAAUCAUUAUGUUGAAUACCGAACUCUACAACCCCAACGUCAAGUCACAAAACCGGAUGUCCUUCCCCGCCUUUGCCAGAAACCUACGUGGAGUCAAUGCGGGCAGUGAUUUUGCCGAGGAAUUCCUUCAGGAAAUCUAUGAUUCGAUCAAGGCGAACGAGAUCAUUCUGCCAGAUGAACAUGAGAACAAACACGCGUUCGACUAUGCUUGGAAAGAGCUCCUCCUGAAGUCAUCUACCACUGGUGAAACGGUGGUGGGCGAAACCAACGUUUACGAUGCGGAGAUGUUUGAAGCGACGUGGAGACCGGUGGUGGCGACCCUUUCGUACGUUUUCAUGUCCGCCUCUGACGAUGCCGUUUAUUCUCGUGUGGUCAAUGGAUUUGAUCAGUGCGCUCAAAUUGCUGCCCGCUAUGGCUUGACGGAUGCCUUUGAUCGAAUUGUCUCUUCUCUGGCCUCUAUCAGCACCCUGGCGACGAGCAACCCUCCAAGCACUGCGCUCAACACGGAGGUACAGGCGGGGAAGAAGAGCGUGAUGGUCAGCGAAUUGGCUGUGAAGUUCGGAAGGGACUUCAGAGCACAGUUGGCUACUGUGGUCUUGUUCCGGGUCUUGGCAGGAAACGAAGCCACACCUAAGCAAGGCUGGGAGCACAUCGUGCGCAUUCUCAGCAACCUCUUCAUAAACUCUCUGAUUCCGCCAUUCGACUCCAAGUUGACUGCUGAGCUGGAUAUUUCCCCCAUCCCUUUGCAACCCGCAUCCCAAGUGGUCGACCGAGAUGGGCGGGGCAACGAGACCGGCUUGCUAUCGGCCUUCACGUCUUAUCUGUCGAGUUAUGCAGCGGAUGACCCCCCAGAGCCAUCUGAUGAAGAGCUCGACAAUACUCUUUGUACCGUGGAUUGCGUCACUGCAUGCUCUAUUCCUGAGAUUUUGACCAACAUCAAAUCUCUACCAUUGUCGUCACUGGAGUCGCUUGUACAGGCUCUUUUGUCUCAACUUCCGGAAGAGAACGUGCCCGCCGUCAUCGUUGUCAAGCCAGAGCGCCCAAGUCCCGUGUCAAGACCUACCAGCGCUAGAGUCGACCCCAAUCGGCCAAAGUACGAUCCGUCUAUGAUUUUCCUCUUAGAAUUGGCGACUAUUCUCACUCUUCGUGAUGACAAAACUCUCGAGAGUCUUGGUGAAUCUUUGGCAACUACCCUUCAGACCCUCACUCGCGACGCCAAGAACCUUCAUCCACUGACCGUGUCUCGGAUCGUGUCCUACCUGCUUAACCUGCUCAGACUAAGCCACGUGUGUAUCUACCAGGAUGAGCUUACCAUUUCCAAACUAACAAAUCACCAGGAUCAGCAUUUCCUGCGAGUCCCUGUCGUGCUUCACGCAAUCUCUGGGUAUGAUCAAGAUGUCUUGGACACUGUCGCUGUGCCCACAGUGAAGGGCCUGUCCCGCUGCAUCUCCCACACUGGUCACCUAAGAAAUGAGAUCACCAUUUCUCCCGAUUUCUGGUCCAUCUUGCAACGGCUACACCAACACGAAGAGGCCGCUCCGCUGGUGUUUGAAUUACUUGAUAGCAUUGUCCACUCGAUGCCCGACAUCAUCACAGCCGAUAACUACGAAUCCGCUGUCGCUCUUGCAAAUGACUUUGUCAGUGCGGGUCAUGUGGGUUCUAUCGAUGAGCGUCAGAGGGAUGCCCACGCUCGACGGAGCAAGGGUGUCAAACAGCCUAGGCCAAGUGAAAACCAAAUCGUCUUCCGCGGCAUUAAAGCCAUGGGUUUGAUAUACCACCUGACGGGGCGGGUCCCCACGCUUAUCAAGCAGUCUCACCUAGAAGAGCGUGAAGCCUGGUCUGCGUACUGGUCUCCCAUUUUUGAAUCUCUCCGUGGUCAAUGCACCAACCCGUGUCGUGACAUCCGCCACCAUGCCAUCUCUACUUUGCAACGAGCCCUCCUCUCUGCUGAAUUGAUUUCUGGUGACGACAAGGAGUGGGCCACUAUUUUUGAUGAAGUCCUCUUCCCUCUCAUCUUACGCCUGCUCAAACCAGAAGUCUACCACUCUGACCCCUUUGGAAUGGGCGAGACCCGAGUCCAAGCUGCGACUUUGGUCUGCAAAAUCUUCCUGCGCUUCCUCGAUCAGCUUCCUAACCGGGAAGGCAUGCUUCCUCUCUGGCUUCGGAUCCUGGAUAUUCUUGACCGCAUGAUGAACAGUGGCCAGAGUGACAGUCUGGAAGAAGCCAUUCCCGAGAGUCUGAAGAAUAUCCUCCUCGUCAUGGCAGAUGGUGGUUAUUUGAUACCUCCAUCGCAAGACCCUAGCAAAGAGGAGAUGUGGACGGAGACUCGCAAGCGCCUGGAACGAUUCCUGCCAGGCCUUUUCAUGGAGAUCUUCCCUGAUGCCGCCAAGGAGCCCGAAAAAGCCCAGCCAGGGUCCGCUGCUCCAUCACCGCUCCAACCAAGUACCGAUCCUGGAAAGAAGAGCGAGGAGGCAGCGCAGUCACCUCAAGAAACCGGCAAUGAUGACACGGCAGUCACACCUGCCGUCUCUCCCUCCGCUUCCGAGCAAGUGGCCUCAUCCUAA